AUGUUUUUUCACGUCAGUUUAGACCAUGAGAUCCUUCUUCAUCCACGUUAUUUUGGUCCGCAACUUCUUAAAACAGUUCGACGUAUGUUAUUCAAAGAAGUCGAAGGAAAAUGUAUUGGAAAAUAUGGUUAUGUUAUCGCCGUGACUUCGUUGGAAACUAUCGGAGUAGGAAAAAUUCAACCAGGACGAGGUUAUGUUAUCUUCCCAGUCAAAUAUCAUGCAAUCGUGUUUCGACCAUUUAAACACGAAGUUGUGGAAGCAAUUGUUACCCAAGUGACAAAAAUGGGCAUUUUUUGUAAGAUUGGUCCUCUAACGUGUUUUAUCUCACGUCAUAGUAUUCCUCGCGAUAUGGAAUACGAUCCAAGUGCAAAUCCGCCAUGUUACAAAAAGAAAGAUGAUGAUUCCAUGAUUCAACCAGAUGAUGGUAUUCGAGUGAAAAUAGCUGGACUUCAAGUUGAUGCAAAUGAAUUCUUUGCCGUUGGUACAUUGAUGGACGAUUAUCUAUUGUCGUAG